AUGAGAAAGCCUUUGAUUCGGUCGAGACAUGGUCGGUUCUACAGUCCCUCCAGCGGGGCCAGAUUGACUACCAAAGUAUUGGAGUGUUUCUACACUGCAUCGGAAGAUGUAUUCAAACUCCUGGCUGGAAAAGAUAUAGUAAAAACAUCAAUGGCGAAUACAUCACCCAGUUUCGAUUUGCCGAUGACAGUAAUCAUGGCGAAAUUUCUGGAGGUAUUAAAUAUUAUGUUCAAUGACCUCAAUUAUGCUUUCCAACAAUUAGGUCUUAAUAUGAACAUGGAGAAGACUAAAACCAUGUCUAAUGUCUAUUUCAUACCUAUACCAGUUAUGAUUGAGAACACUACGCCUGAAGUUGUUCACGAGUAA